AUGCCUUUUUCCGGGAAAACAGUGAAGGGUGUAACUGUAGAUGAAGAAGAGAGACGCUUAAACGUGUUGCGAAAUGAGCUUUAUGAAGAUGAUGACAAAUCAGAAGAAGAAAAGAGUAUUUUUCGAGCUAAUCCUGUGCCACUACACACUCAUAUGCCACUUUAUGACAAAAUAAUGGCCCAGCAAGAGAGAAGGAGGAAAAAGUUACGAAAACAGUUUAUUGCAGAGCUUCAGUCACAAAUGAAGCCAUUCAGUUUUGUUGUAAGGGAUGAAGAGCGUAAAAAACUAAGUUUCUUUCGUUCAACGCCUGACCUGAGUGCAACAGGGGAGAAUAAAUUCAAACCUUUUCGUGCAAAGCCAGUACCAAAGAACUUAUUUGGCAGUCAUGUGUACCAAAAAAUGAGAGAAGAUGAAUUUUACAGAUCACUGAAGAGAAAAAUACGAGCAGAGGAACUCUUACAGUCUGCGUCAUUACCUCCAUCCAUGGCUGCUAGAGAACAGUUAGAAAAAGAUUUGAAGCAUAUUAGAGCUCAGAGGGAAGAUUAUUCAGACAGUUUGGAUAUUGACAGAAGAAUAAAAAAUAAACAAAAGAUUCCAAAUUACAAAAAACUGCAUGAGAAAAUGAGUAGAGAAUUAGAACACAGAUUUGAUGAGAAUAUUACCACAAGCCCUCAUGAAUUUCGUCUGCAGACUGCAAACAUCCAAGGGAAGCGGUCAAAACUACAUUCACCCCCAUCAGAUAACAGCAGUGUAUCACCAUAUGGCAUUCGACUCUCAACUGAAAAGGAGAAACCUAGACCACAUUCUGCACUGAGUGUAAUGGUGAACAGAAACAAUCUAGCAGCCAUUCUACGAAUACAGUCUGCAAGGCAACGUUUAGAAAAUGAAUUGCUACAGAAACAAGAAGAAAUAAGGAGAAAAGAGGAAGCACGAUUACGAGCUAGAUUCAUUCGCCGACAGCCUGCCUGGAGAGCUCUUAAUUUCAGUACAGCUGAGGAUUUGGAGUUACGUUUACAAUCACGUCGAGAGGAGGAAAGAAUCAGGAGAGAAGAGUUCCUACAAGAUAUGGAAAUUAUGCUUGAUCGCGUGCAACAGAUCCCACCAUUAUUUGCCAGGCAGUGUCAAGCAGGAAUGAAAGAGAAGUUCAAAAAACAGAAGAAUGAACAGUGUAAACCUGGUCUGAAAAUUGCUGUGCAUCAUAUCCCUAAAAAGUAUCAAGACUAUGGACAUUUCAGCCCAAGUGCCUUUUCCGAUGAUAAGUGUUCAAAACUUGGAUUAAAAGUAUCUAUCAAUGAAAAUGCAGAAACAAUUGCAUGUGAAAGUGAAUGUGAAGAUGAUACACAAGGAAUAACAAAGUGUCAAGGUGUUAAAAUUGAAGAAAUAGUGGAAGAUAAGUCAGAAAAAGGAACAGACAAACUGGUGGAAUCCAAGCAACAAACAGGUAACAUAAAAACAGAAGACUGCCCUGAAGAUGAUGACUGUGAUUAUACUGAAAGUUUUCAAGAUGCCAGUGAUGAUAAGAGCUCUCAUACUAGCACUUGUGACAGAGACUGAAAAAAUAGCAAUACUCAUUAAUGA